AUGGCCCCGAGUGUUACUGCCGAAGCUCCCAACGUGGUCCCGGAAGUGGCAAAGGCUACUCCCAAGACUCUCCUGAAGGAACCGUUGAAACUGAAGGGCGUCCUGGAUUCAUUCGAGUCGUUUGAUGUUACCCCUAUUAUUGGGAGGGAAUUUACAAAGGCCAAUCUUAAAGAAUGGUUGCGCGCCCCGAACUCGGAUGAGUUGCUCAGAGAUCUAGCUAUCACGGUGUCUCAACGGGGUGUUGUCUUCUUUCGCAAGCAGGAUGAUCUGGAUAAUGAUCUGCAAAAGGAAUUGGCCCAGCGUCUGGGUCAACUUGCCGGAAAGCCAAGUUCUUCAACCUUGCACAUCCACCCAGUUGUAAAUUCGGGACGCGAAUUUGGAGGAAAGGAUGAUGAAAUAAGUGUUAUUAGUUCAGAACAGCAGAAGAAGCUGUAUAAAGGAGGAUUCUUUCAAAAGAAGCAGACUCAACGAAGGGGAUGGCAUAGUGAUAUCACCUUUGAGCCUGUUCCCAGCGACUAUGCAAUUCUACGUUUGACCCAGCUUCCAAAGGUUGGUGGUGACACUCUCUGGGCUUCUGGAUAUGAACUUUACGACCGCAUCUCGGAACCAUACCAGAAGUUCCUGGAAGGCUUGACUGCCACUUACGCACAGCCUGGAUUUAAUAAGGCCGCCAAGGAGAACGAAUUUGAACUGUAUACUGCACCCAGGGGUUCCCCUGAUAAUAUCGGCGAUGAGCUCAGAGCCAUCCACCCUGUCAUCCGUACCAAUCCAGUCACUGGCUGGAAAAGCGUUUUUGCAGUUGGGACUCAUGUGGAAAAGGUUAAUGGACUAACAGAAGAAGAAAGCAAACACCUACUCGAUUGGUUUGUGACGCUCAUUGUCGAGAAUCACGAUCUCCAGGUGCGCUUUCGGUGGCAAGAUGCCAAUGACCUCGGUAAGACUCUCAGCGCCAACCGGUAUACGAGAAGGAACUCUGCUAACGCCAGCACAGCAAUCUGGGAUAACAGAAGUGUUUAUCACGCUGCGACCCCCGAUUACGAAGAUCUUGGUCCGAGAGCGGGACAGAGGGCUGUGAGUAUAGGAGAGAAGCCGUAUCUUGACCCAAACAGCACAGGAAGACGGGAGGCACUGCAGAAGGGGGAGUGA